CGAAACAUAAAACCUCUUUUUGGCUUUUGGGUGAGAUUGUAAACCCUAAUUUUCUCAAAAUCGCCCGCAUCCGAUUUUCUUUCCGGUUCCCUCGAUCAAAUUUCGUUUAUUCCACGAAAGGGAAGAACAAGGAUGUCGUACGAUGAUGUAGAAAUCGAAGACAUGGAGUGGAAAGAAGGGCUUCAAGCUUUCACCUAUCCGUGCCCAUGUGGGGACUUGUUUCAGAUCACCAAGGAGGAGCUAAGACUUGGGGAAGAAAUUGCUCAUUGCCCAAGCUGUUCUCUUUACAUAACCGUCAUCUAUAAUAUGGAAGAUUUCUUGGGAGAAUCUAAGAAGAACAAUCUUGAGUCUUCGAAACAGCAGCCGGUCGCCGUGGCCUAGAAAGUCUGGUCAGAGUUUAUGCACUCUUGGAAUUUCUUCUUAAUUUUUUCUUCUUGUUACCCUGAUGAGUUGUAACAGUUUUGAACUUUUGAUGGCAUUCAAUUAUUAGUUUCCUU